AUGGAUCAUGAUCACUCGAUGACAUGGCCUGGACCUCUCCAGGAACAGUCCCUCAUGGCGGCAGCCUCCAGCGAAGAUGAAUUUACGAAUUUUCUGGAAUUUGGCAUGCAUUUCCCCGAUCUAGAUGGGCACGGACCAGCCGAGCGACAACCUCCUCGUUCUCUUCCAACCUCGGUGCCGAUGCUGUCGACCUCUACCGCUGAUCAGGAACAGCUGGUGCGCAUGGAUACCGAUGGCAUUCCCGGCUCUCACGCCUCGUCCUCCUACAACCAUCGCAUCAUGGAUGACUUCUCCAUCGAUCUCUCCAACCAUGGCCAACCGAGUCAUUCCCAGGGUCAAAUGCCCGUGUCCUACACCAGUGCCCCCGUAACCCCGGCCUUCUACAACCAGGGAGUGGCGCAGUCCCAGGUCUUCCAACAACCCCAGCAUCCGUCGCAGAAGCAGUCGCAUCAUCAUGUUCACCCGGGACAGCCCACCUCGCAGCAAUACAUGGCCCACGGUCAAGCGAUCAUCCCUCCUACGCCGAACAGUAUCGAGCUCCAGGGCAAUGCUGCCCGGUAUCCGUCCCAGGUGGAUGACAAUCGGGAGAUCUAUGACCAAUAUGCUCGCAUCAACGAAGAACAGGCACUGUACACUCCCCUUGUCUCCCCCGCUAUGACACCGUUGGAAACCCAAUUUCGACUGCCGGAGUACACCGUGCCCGGUGAAUACUUCACGCCCCUCACGUCUCCCGCUCUCGAGGCCCAGAACUCCAAUGGCAAUGGCUAUCCGUUCCAGUCCGUGUCCGAAGUCGGUUUCCUACACUCCCCGGUCGAUGCCCUUCCCGGCGCUUCGACACCAUCAUCCCCUGGCCUUAUGAGGAAGCACCGUCGCCGGCCGUCGACCACCAAAAGCUUUUCUUUGCGAGCCAAAAAACAACAGUCGCCAUCUGUGCGUCCGCAGACACGGAAGAAGUCGAUGUUGAAUCUCAAUUCCGACGAGGUACUGAAUGGGCUGAGCCAUGAUCAGGGGUCGUCUAGGAUACUGCCGCAUGGUGUGAGUGGUCUACGCCAGAGCAGCAACGAGAGCUCCGAGCAAGAUUCUGUCUCCCCAGAGCCCCUAUCGGAACCGUUGAUGCCUCCACCUGCUCUUCCUCCGGCGCGGAAGUCUCCCGCCAUGAUGCCGCAAGCCGACCAGUCGCGAACCAGCGCCCCCGCAACUCCUGCGAUGCUAAUGCGCCUUCAACGCUCGCAGCCCCACGAAGAUCAUACCGGUCAUUUCACGGGCCAGGCGAGGCUUGUUUCGUCGGAAUCAUACGACGACAUCAUGGAGGAUGUUGUUCUCCCAGAAGCGGCCGCCCCUGCGUCGCAAUUCUCUCGGCCCCAAAUUUCCCGCAUUGAUACCACAAUUUCCAACGGAUCCGCCACCCCUCUCACCUCGGAAAGUCUUACCCCAUCUGUGGAGCCCAAAUCAGCUUCCAUUGUCGACCGAAAUUCAAGCUCAAUCGCGCCAAGCCCGCGCACAGUGGCCAUGCCUUCUCCCAGCGGGCCCAUAGCCAGGAAAUCGGACACUCCUAAGCUUGGUCCCAUGGCGAGAAAGCGACAGAGUUUCAGCUCGACCCAUGCUAGUCCUAACCUGCGGCCGAAGAUUAGCCCCAGCAUCCAGCCCCUAGUGCGGGGAGAAGGAAUCUCAAGUGAGACGUCGGCUUUGUAUCUGGCAUCCAAGUCUAACUACCAACAUAUAUUGGACGGCACUCUCCUUCCCGGUGUCUCCUACCCCGAAACCUUGGCCGAAAACCUUAGUUCGAAGCGGACAAACCACAAGUUGGCAGAGCAAGGUCGCAGAAACAGAAUCAAUAACGCCCUGAAGGAGAUCGAGUCCCUCAUCCCGUCCGCGUUCAUUCAGAUGAAGCAUGCCAAAGAAAGCGCAUCCAAGAGCGAAAAGGAGAAGGAGAAGGAUAAAGCAGGAGCGCAGGCAAUCAGCAAAGCCAGUACUGUGGAGCUAGCCAUCGAUUACAUCAAAACCUUGAAGCAGGAGCUGGAAGCAACGAAGGGAAAGCUGGUCGCUGCGGAGGCCCGACUUGGUGAGAUUGGCUCCAUGAAAGACGCGAACAGCAAAACAGUCGAGGUAGCCACAUCAGAGACCAAGUGCACGCAUAAUUCCCCUCUCCCCGAGAGCGCCAAUGUCACUUCGGAGACAAAUGGAUCGGCAUGA